AUGACCAUAGAUCGCAAGGCUUGUCGACCAGUUGUCAAGAUCAGAGACGUGGGGAUCGACCCUGAGAAAGAGGGAAAAGCUCCUACAGGCUGGGCAAAAUUUCAAGAGGAUUAUCUGUUCAAUGUCUCAGACGGCGAACAGAAAUUUUUGGCCACGGUCAACGAGAUGGCAAGUGAUCUUGGUGUGAACAGGCAGAGGCUACCGAGUUUCCAAAAUUCACUUGUUGCACUGCGGAAGCUCUUCAUAGCAACACAAGCAAUCAGCCUCGAGGUUGAUGUCUUGGAACAUGACGACGGAAACUUCGGAAAGAUCAUUUGCGCCAAUUCGCGCUUCAUGUUUGACGACGACGCGCCGAAAAAAGCCCGAAAGAUCUAUACUCCGUUGUGGGAGCCGCUUCUCGAGGACGAAAACGAACUUUAUGCAAAAGCUUUUGGUCUCGUUUAUGUUAGGAUGGACGGUGAUAUCGGGACCGUGGUCAACGGUGCAGGACUAGCCAUGGCGACCAACGAUGCCAUCAGCUUUCAUAAUGGAAAGAGUGCCAACUUUCUUGACGCUGGAGGCCAGGCGACAAAAGAUACCAUGCUGAAGGCCUUCAAACUUGUCUUUGACGACAGGAGAGUCAAAACAAUCUUUGUAAACAUUUAUGGAGGUAUCACCAAAUGCGACAUGAUUGCCGAGUCUAUCAUCGCGGCAGUAAAUGCAUUCAAUAAUUAUCGAAAGAUGCCGAUAGUGGUCAGACUACAAGGGACGAACUCUGAAGAAGGAUUAAAGCUACUCGAGGAUGCCAAUCUUGGUAUUCACGUCGAAGGGGAUUUCGAUAAAGCGGCGAAAAAGGCCGUCGAGCUUGCUGAGAGUAACCCAAUACCAGCAAACGCAGAUAUUCCGAAAAGCAUUACUAGAGAAACAUUGAAAGAGGAUGGGAAGAGGCACAGGAUCGAGACGAGGAAGAAAAAGAAGAGAGAGAUGAAGAAGGCUGAAAAGGCCAAGAUGAAGCAGCUGCAGAAGAAUGUGUCUGAUGGGGAUAAGUAG